AUGAUUUUGAAGAGGAAACAAACUACAAGCUACAUUUGGAAGACUCUUGAAGAUCUUUUCUUGGACAAAAAGGAUGCUAAAGUGAUUGAAUUUGACAAUGAACUUCAUAACAUUGUCAUGGAUUAUUCAUUCGCCACUAAAUAUUGCUCUCAUAUCAAGACCAUCAUCGGCCUUCUCGACAACAUUGAGACCACAGUUCCGGAGAAAAACAUUGCCACUUAUUUGAUCAAUGGACUCUCACCAAAAUUCGACCUCGUGGCAAUCAUGAUCCGCCACAAAACUCCACUUCCUUCAUUCUUAAAGACUAAGUUGAUUAUAUUAUUUGAAGAACAACGUAUGGAACACAACAAUUGUCGCUCCGGUCUUUCUUCUCGUAAUGAUCAUGCAUCCUCUCCUACUAUUUUAAAUGUAAGUCGGUGGUCACAUUAG